ACGCGUUUCCUGAGAGCCCGCUAAGGGCGCUGCGGCCGGGUUGCCCGCAGGGCCGAGGCGGGGGAACAGCCUGCUCCGUACUGAACAAACCAGGCUCGCUCUGGGGAGCGGGACGGUUCCCUUUCGCUCCUCUGAAGCCGCAGGUUGUUUCCAGUGUCUGUUUGACUCACAGAACAUGGUCCUAAGUUUUGUGAGGCUUCUGAAUUGCCUUUUAAUUCCCCAGGCCUGAAUUCUCUCGAGUGUGAUAACAAUUUACCCCUUAAGGUAGAUCGCUGUGAGAGGAGAGCGGCCCGCACCUCUUCGAUGUGAACAAACCCACCACACAGUAGCCCUGCCCGCACCCAGUCAAACACUUGCAUAAGCCUCUGUCAUAGCGAAUGUGCUCCUUAUGACACCGUGCCUGGUUUUUCUCCAGUUCUUUAUAUUCCCUUUUGGCUCUUGAUAAGCGCUAGUUUGUGAUCCCAGGUAGCAGCCUUCAGUUUAUCAUAAAAGCUACUUUUGGUCAUUUUGUUACCACAGCUAAUUAUUUUCUCCUAGCUUUACUUUUUGCCGGUGCUAUUUAGAUAGUCUCAGACUAGUGUAAACUUAUUAAAGUGUUGAGAAUUGCUCUGAAAGAAUUAAUUACUGCCUUCCCCCCACCGUACCCAAAGCAAAGGCUGAGGAACUAAUUUGAUCAUGACAAGGCCAAACCUUGGUUCUACAAUAUCAAAACAGGACAAAAAAGUGCUUGGAAAGUCUUUAGUGUCUCAGACUUUCAUUGGUUGUGAAGUACUACAGGCAGGACAAGAGAUGACUGGCAUGUCAGUUGUUGAUUGCCUCUUAGAUGGAGCAGGAUCAUGAGUGCUUCCAGCUCAACCAAGUGGUUGGUACUAAAAUGAUAUGGGUGGCAGUCAUUGGUGAUUGGUUCAACCUCAUAUUUAAAUGGAUUUUAUUUGGCCAUCGCCCAUACUGGUGGGUGCAAGAAACAAUGAUUUAUCCUAAUCAAUCAAGCCCAUGCCUUGAACAGUUUCCUAUAACGUGUGAAACUGGACCAGGAAGCCCAUCUGGACAUGCCAUGGGAUCAUCCUGCGUCUGGUAUGUAAUGGUCACUGCAGCGCUUAGCUACACUGUUAGAUGGAAAGAUAAAUUAGCUGUUACCCUUCACAGACUGACAUGGUCAUUCCUCUGGAGUAUUUUUUGGAUUAUCCAGAUCAGUGUGUGCAUUUCAAGAGUAUUCAUAGCAACACAUUUCCCUCAUCAAGUUAUUCUUGGAGUAUUUGCUGGCAUUCUUGUGGCAGAAGCAUUUGAGCAUACCCCUGCUAUCCAGACUGCGAGCUUGAGAAUGUACAUCAAGACAAACUUGUUUCUUUUCAUCUUUGCCCUUGGGUUUUAUCUGUCCCUCAAACUUCUUGAUAUUGACUUGCUAUGGUCUGUUCCAAAGGCCAAGAAGUGGUGUGCCAACCCAGACUGGAUAAACAUUGACACAACUCCAUUUGCUGGACUGGUGAGGAAUUUAGGGGCACUCUUUGGUUUAGGUCUUGGAAUUAAUUCUGAAAUGUUCGUCACAAGCUGCAAAGGUAAAAAUAGCUGCAAGCUAAGUUUUCGCAUAUUGUGUAUAGCUGCUUCUUUAGCUACACUGCAGCUAUAUAAUUUCGUUAAGAUACCUACUCAUACUGAGUAUUUGUUCUACAUUCUCUCCUUCUGUAAGAGUGCAGCUAUGCCUCUGACUGUAGUUGCCUUGGUUCCAUACUGUGUCCACUCAUUAAUGAAGACAACUGAAAAGAAACUUAAUUAAGUAAAGGUUCAAAAUGAUUAGCAUUGUGGGGAUGGAUAUGAGCUGUUCAAGAACCUUCCACAAAGGCAGUUUUGUUAACUCAUUUUAACCAAAGGAAUGCUACUGCAUCUUUGAUGUGCUCCUGGUAAGUAACCAGUACAUCCAAAAUCAGUACACUCUAGAAUGACUUUGGCAGCUCAUAAAUAUUAGUUGCUGAUUCCUAGAAAUAUUGCAACCACACUGCAGUAUGGUUAGAAAUGGCCCAAUACUCUGGGUCAUAACAAAGUUUUAAAGUAUAAUCAACUAGUUUUAUUUAGCUAUAUGGUGGUCUUUAAGUUCUCUCCAUCUCUAGCUAGAUGAUGCUUCAAGCGUCAGUUGUACAUAGUGGUACUCGGUAUUUAAUUUUUUAUAUAUAGAUACUGUGUGUUAAACUGCUACAUAAUGGUGUGACAGUAUCACACCACCUACGAUUGUACGGCUGUACCCAGGCACUGUGAAAAAGGCCAGCGUAGUUAUAAGCAAGGCUUUACAUUUAACUUAUUGAGCUUCCUGAGCAAAACAGCUUCUGAUUAAGUCAGAUGAGAAAAAAAAA